GGGUUUUGGUGAUUCCUGAUGGAUUUUUGGUGGUUCCUGAGGGGUUUUGGUGGUUUUAUUUUAUUCCCAGGUGCGGGAAAGUGACUUUCCAGCUUCCCCUGGACGCGGCUCCAGGGUCGGAGGAGCGAAUCUGUCACUUCUCCUGGAGGAGCAACGCCCUGAAGGAGACUCUGAGAAAGCUCCAAGCCCCCGUCACCCUGGACCCCGCCACCGCCCACCCCGAGCUGGUGCUGUCUGAGGACUUCAAGAGCGUCCGGCGCGGGGGGGCCGGACCCGCCCGGAACCUUCCGGACACCCCGGAACGCUUCGACUACUGGCCCUUCGUGCUGGGCCAGCCCGGCUUCUCCUCCGGCCGCCACUGCUGGGCCGUGGACGUGGGCGACGGCGGCGACUGGGCCCUGGGGGUGGCCCGGGACUCCCUGCCCAGGGAAAAAAUCCAGGGGCGCUUGGAUCUCCUGCGGAAGGAGCGGCAGGAGCUGCUGGAGUUCAAAGUCAACGACGACAAGAGGACCCAGGAGCUGCUGGCAUCAUCGGGAAGCGGCUCCGGCCGCGGCGUCUCCCCGGACGGGGAUCCUUGGGUGGGAUCAGGAUCGGGAUCGGGAAUGGAGUCGGGAACGGGAGCGGAGGGAUCCAAGGAUGAGGAGGAGGAGGAGCAGACUCGGAUCCUCAAGGUUUGCUUCUACAGCAACAGCUUCAACAUGGGCAAGAACUUCAAGCUGGUCAAGUGCGCCGUGAGCACCGAGAUCCGG